AUGUUGGUGCCGGAAAUCUUUGGUUACCCGUCAAAGGAUUACCGACAGUCCAACGGCCCCGACAAGGUCAACCCCCCCCGGAAAGCCUCGUUCGGCCUCCGCGACACUAUCAACCAUCCUGGCAGCAAGCGUGUCGACAGUCCUUCCUUCGACCCCCGCAAGUUUAACGUCCCCGACUGGUUCAACCGCCCCUCCAAGUUCGGCCUCCGCGACUUACAACUUGAACCCCAGACCCGGCUGUCCCAGAUCCGUCACACAACACCCCUCAAAUCGAUUUACAAGUUUCACGGGCCAUACAGGAUGUCACGCUCCCCAUCUGAGGUCACUGCCGGUGCUUCUGCAUCCCGUGAGGUUGCGACUCUUGUGGACAACCUCACCAAGGCACUUGAGAUGGCCACUACCGCCGCCAACCUCUUUCCCGACAAGAGCGAUAUCAGCUUCCACCGUACUCUCGACCGCAGGUUUGCAAAAGACCUGGACGAGACGUCCAACCGUCUCCUUCUACUCACCGACCGUCUUGCCUCGCUCGCUGUCGAGGCCAACCCCCAAAAGGGCAAACAUGUCCUUCUUCGUCGCAAGCUCGAUGACGAGGACGCGGUCGUGGACAGCUUCCGCUCCGGUGUUAUCCAGGUCGUUGACCGUGUUCUCGAAGAUGCCGACGCUGCCCUCGACGAAGCAAGGGGAGAGAACAAGAAAUCGCAGAUCGAAGUCAACAAGGCUCUUGCCGCGGCGGCCGGCAAGAAGCUCCCGGGACCUCGGGCACUGAACCUGCCCGGUCUGGCCCCGCACAUGCAGAACGACAACAGGAUCCCUAAACCCCAGGAUCUGUUCCGUGACCGUGUGGAUAACAGUGCUAUAUGGCGUCCCCAGCUCACGGAGAAGGCUCACGCCAUGGUGCCACUGGGCUAUGUUGUUGGCUCGGACGAAGACACACCCUUCUCCGUCGACCCCGCGACGGACACGGAUGCCAAGCGAGAGCGCCGUGAGCGCGCACUGUACCACCCCUACUACUACGAGACAGUCCACCUGCCGUACCCUACCUCGAUGUUUGAAAUCUCGCCCGCUGUCCACCCCGCAUCGUUCGAGGAUACUCCCUUUGAGUUUGUCGACACUCCCGAGCGUCUCGCCGCUCUCACCGAGGAGCUUCUGCGCUCCAAAGAGAUUGCGGUUGAUCUGGAGCACCACUCGAUGCGCACUUACAACGGCAUCACCUGCCUCAUGCAGAUCUCCACUCGCAAGUCGGACUGGGUUGUCGACACAUUGGCCCUGAGGGCCGAGCUCCGUGACCACAAGCUCGGUGGUGUCUUGGCCGACCCCUCAAUCCUCAAGGUCUUCCACGGUGCCGACUCGGACAUUGUCUGGCUGCAGCGCGACUUUGACAUUUACAUUGUCAACCUCUUUGACACGUACCAUGCCAGCAAAGUCCUGGAUUUCCCCCAGUUCUCGCUUGCGUCUCUGCUUCAACUGUAUUGCGACUUUGCAGCCGACAAGCAGUACCAGAAGGCCGACUGGCGUAUCCGUCCCCUCCCCAAGGAGCUCAUGGACUAUGCGCGCUCCGACACCCACUUCUUGUUGUACAUUUACGACAAGCUGCGCAACGCUCUCCUGACCCGCUCGUCUCGAACGCCAUCGCCUGCGGCCGACGCCGACGAGAAUUCGACCCCCAAGCCUAACCCUCAGGCCGCGAUGCGUGAGGUGCUGUCCAGGUCCGCUGAGACGGCACUCAAGCUCUGGGCCAACGAGUCACCUGACUCCCAGACUGGUAACGGCGUGCAGGGUUGGGCUGGCAUGAUCAGGAAGCUCGGACCGAAAACAUUGGAUACCCCUGUCGGUUCGGCGUUCAAGGCGCUGGUUUCGUGGCGUGAAAAUCUGGCGCGUGAGGUAGACGAGAGCCCUCACUACAUUGUCCCCAACCACCUGGUGCUGUCCCUGGCUCACCUCCGCCCCACAAGCAUUGGCAUCCUGAGCCGCUCGCUCGCUAACGGAUCCUCGAGUGUUGCCCUCGAGCGCGCGGACGAGGUUCUUGAGGUGAUCAGGAACUCUGCCAAGACCCACCCCAAGUCGUCGUCUCUAGCGUCUCGUGUUGACGGCAAACCUUCGGCGGCGGUUGCUUCGUCCUCAACUUUGAGCGCUCCCCCCAGCAAGCGUGCGAGAUCAUCCACCAUCAUUACCAGUGACCAGGUCGUCACUGAGGACAUCUGGGCUGACUUUGUUAAUGGUAGAGCGUCGGUCGCUAGCGCCAGCAAGCCCGUCAAGUCGGUUCAGUCGUCUCUCUUUGGCUCGGCUCUUGGAGGCACCAAGAAGACCGGCGCGACUUCCUCGCCCGAACCAUCAAAGGCUGCUGUUUCGUCCUCGUUGUUUGGCAAGACUCUGAAGCGUUCUACGUCCCCUGCACGUGCAGUGCGCGAUGUGUCGCCUGGGUUUGACGACGUUAUGCGCAGCUUCGCCACAACCAUGUUGUCGAAGGUGGAGGUGUCCCCCGUGGAGCCCAGCUCUGCGCAGCCGGCAGUAGCCGAGCCGGAGUCGGUUGCCUUUGUUCCGGCGGCAAAACGGAAAAAUGCGUCCUCCGAGGCCACCAGUGCCACAAAUACAUUCAACACGACUGGCGAGACGGAUGCCAUCGGUGCGACCGCCGGUGCGAGCUCGAGCUUGUUGGCUGCUGCGCAGUCGGCUACGGCCCUUUCCAACGCGGCUCUGGUCGAUGCAGAGGGCAUCGUGUCGGUGAAGAAGAAGAAGGGCAGAAAGCCCCAGACUGCUUCGGCGGCGGCAUCGGCGUCCUCGUCUGUGGUGCCUUCGGAAGCGACAACGCCUGUCUCUGUGGCUGACAAGGCUGCGCCCAAGAAGAAGAAGGAGAAGAUCAAGCGCGAGGAUAUUCCCACGUUUGACUACGCGGCCGAGCCCAACUUCCUCGACGACCCCAAGGCGGCGACCAAGAACUCUGCGACGGCCAAGGCGAAGCCCAAGCCUAAGCCAAAGGCUGACAAGAAGAAGAAGAAGUCGGAGUUUGACUCGGCGUCGUUUGGUCGUGCUCCGCUUGAUCCCAGCGGCCCCAAGGCCGGCAACAAGUCGGCUACCUUUUAA